CCCGGACGGAAACAAGAACAAGCCCAAAACAAGACACACGACUCACGACAUUUCCCCAGAGUUCUGUUCUGUUACGUCUUCUCAUUUCCCGCUCCAAAAAACGCAGGCUGUAGUCUCCCCUCGUGAACGACAGAUUACGACAGGGAAGCUCCAAAUGCGCCGCCCGUAGCGAGAUUCGAACGAACCGGCUCUGCGCGCAUCUCAACCUAGGCUCCCUCGACAAGGGAAGCCCUCGACGCAUAUCUACGCUCUCCUUCCCUUGGAACCCUCGCAAUUCUCGGAGCAACAGUCUCCUCCCUCGAACCGAACCUCGCAACCACACCAAAACACAACCAACAAACCGAUCCCGCGAGAGAACAAAAUAACAGCACACACCCCCGAGCGUACUUCCCCCAACCGACGAGAAGAUGCCCCGCCGUCGCAAGCCGCCCCGGCCCGGCGCCCUCGCUGACCUCCCGCCGCUGCGCAUCGCCUCGCAGAUCGCCGCGCUGCAGGGGCUGUACUACGCUGCCGCGUUGGUGCUGAUGCUCUUCACGGCCCUUGUAGCCGGCACGGGAUUCUCGCCGGACCUGGUGUUCGGCUGGGAGGCCGUCCGGGGGGACACGACGCAGGGGUGGCUGGGCGCUUUCGUGUGGGUUCUUGACGGCGGGCUCUGCAUGGCCGUUGCCAUCAUCGUCCUCAUCGGCCGCUCGAAGCUCGUCCCGGAUUUUGCGCUGACAAUGCACGGCGUCCACCUCGUCGUCACGAGCCUGUACACCGGCCGUGUGCCGCGGAACACGAUGUGGUGGGGCGCCAUGGCUGUGAGCUCUGCCGUCUGUGUCGCACUGGCGGUCUGGGGAUCGCGGUACCGUGAACUGAGGCCAAUAUCGUUCGGCGGCGGCGGUGCCGGCGCUGCAGCCGGUGAUGGAGGUGCACAGAACGGGGCCGCCGGGGGCGACGAGGAGGCCGGUCUCGGGUUCUCGAGGGGGAGGGGCCGUGGGAGGGGGAGGGAUGGCGAGGGCGGGUAUGAGAUGGUUGGGAUGGAUCACGAGAGGAGGGAUUCCUGAGCUGGAGGUCCUCGAUGUUUGUCACGCGAACGAGGUAGAGGGGCUUCCGGACCAGUUGGGCAUGACUUGGCAUUACUCGGCGUUUUUCUUUUGGGUGUAUGAGUACAGAUGGGCAGAGGAACCGGAUGCGAUGCCGUCCGCGUGGCUGAUCGGGCACAGGAAUAGACUCUUUUGACUUGAUUGUUGCUCCGUCC